GGGGUAAAAGCCGUAAAGGAAAGAAAUUGCGGAGCAGCGGGACGAGGAGACCGGUAGGCGGUAGCAGCUUUUAUAGUUCGCCUAUGUGUCCUUCUUCCCCGCACUAACUGCCGUUGCCGAAGUGAACCGAAGAAUAAUAAUUUGUCGAGACUGCCGGCACAAUUCUCCAGCAGCCUAGGUCCGGAGAAAUGAAUCUUUACAUUCACGACCUCUCUCUACUCGACUCCGGCGACUUUUCCGAUCCAUUCCUCGAUCGCUUCUCCCUUUCCCAUCUCAACCCUUCUCCUUCCUCUUGGUCAUCAUCAGCCUCUUCAGCUCCAUCGCCGCGCCAUGACACCACUGCCACUGACGCCCAUCAAACCCCUCCGCCGCAUCGUUACGACGGGACUUCACCGCUGCCGCUGGGGAUGGACUGGACCCCACAUCCUCAGCAUCCUGUACAGAGUACAGUUUGGCCAGAGGAUACCCGAAAAGGAUGGAGUUACUGGGUUACAAUCCCUUCUUGGACUCUAAUGACAAAUUCAUCAGGUUCAAAUCCCACGACGGGACAGUUCUAUAGGGUUCAAGUUGGUCUGCAAUCACCUAAUGUGGCUGCCAGUGCCACCACUAGAGAGAUAUUGCGAAGAUUUAGCGAUUUCUUGAAACUGCAAUCUGAUCUGCAAAAAGAAUUUCCCUUGAGGAAGAUGCCUCCAGCUCCACCUAAGAGGAUUUUGAAAGUUCAAAGCAAGACAUUGCUAGAAGAGCGAAGGUGCUCUCUUGAGAAUUGGAUUGAGCAACUAUUGUCGGACAUAUAUGUCUCUAGAAGCGCUGCUGUGGGGAUCUUUCUUGAGCUCGAAGCAAGUGUAAGGUCAUUUUUUGAUGGAGUGCAUGAAGAUUCAAAUUCUUCUGUAAGUGAUGUGGCUCCUCCAAUUUUGUCCCAAAUCGGCGAAGAUCUUUAUGUACCUUCCAACAGUUCAUUCAUUGCAUCAGAUUAUUGCAAUGAUUUAACGGAGGAAAUAUCCGGUGGUGAAGCAACAAGAGAGGGAAGUGAUAACAAUGGCAACAGGACAUCUGAAGAUAAAGCUGUCCUUGGCAGUGGAAUAACAUCUUUGGUUCAAUUUGAGAAUCAUAAGCCUGAUUUUAAUGUGUAUAGGCAUUUCGUUGAAAGAUCAUUGAGAGAGUCAACUUCUGUCGAUGCAAGUGAAAUAUCAAAUUUGGUUGUGGAUAAUGGUGAAGAUGAUUUCCUCGAAGGAGCUGAAAUCACUGAUGUUACUGACAGCUCAAAUGUGAGGCUCCAAGAUGCCUUGCUAGUUGCUCUUCCCUCCUAUGAGCGUCAAAAUUUGAAGAGGGUUCUUGAUAAGGUGGUGCAGAGAGUAGCUAUAGCGAAAACCGACAUUGAAGAUCUUAUGGGAAGGUUCAACAAGGAAGUUGCUGUGAAGCAAUUUUUAAUGAUGAGAGUGAAGGAUUUGGAAGCAGAUCUUGAGACCACUAAAGAUAGCUGCAAAGAGAACAUGCAGCAAGCUGCUUUGAAGGAAAGAGAAAGAUUCACUCAAAUGCAGUGGGAUAUUGAAGAACUACAGAACAGAUAUUUUGAGAAGGAAAUGAACUUGGAGUUUGAACAGGCUCAGAGGGAACAUGAGGAGUCUCUGAAAAAUUCACUAAUUAAGGAGAACGAAACGUUGCUGAAACAGUUUGGUACUGCAAAAGAAGAGCUUGAAAAUAUGUGUAAACAACUAGAAGAGGUAGAGCUGAAGUCAAAAUCAGAGGUAAAGCUUCUUGUAAAAGAAGUAAAGUCUCUUAGAGGUUCUAAUUCUGAACUCAGACAGGAGCUUACCUGCUUGAUGAAGGAAAAAGAGGACCUAGAGAGUGCUCUUCUUAAGGAAAGGGAAGAGAAGGCGAAGGUGACAACUGCCAAUGUGAAGUUGCUGCAUGAAUGUGAAAUCCUUUGUGACAGGCUUCAACAAUGUAGUGUCAACUUCCUCAUUGGAGAGAAGAACAAGAUAAUCGUGGACUCAUCCUCCUCGCCCUCUGAUGCCAUUGAUCUGCUGGAAACCUCCGACAGUCGAAUAGGCCUCCUUCUCGCAGAGGCGCAGCUGCUGGUAGAUGAAGCAGGAACAUCAGCACCGGUGCUAAACGUAAACGGGGAUGGAGGUGUUGGUGAAGAUGCAAGUGCAACUGACAAGAAACUGAGGAAGAUGCUUGCAGAAACGUUCAUUAACUAUGCUAGAUCGAAAAUGGAGGUGAAUUCAGUGAUCCGCUGUGCUCUAAAUGCUAGUGCUGGUAUGGACAGCAGUGAGUUCGAUGCUUCAGAGGAGGAAACCCCCAAAGGACGAACCGCAUUAAGCAAGAUCCUGGAUAAGUGAAUGACAAAUGCUCAUCGUAGCAAACAAGGGAGCGUCGAAGCGGGCGCCUUAGAUACGUUGGUUGUCAUGUUGUACAAACUUAGCACAAUUCUACGACUGAACUGAUCUUAUAAAUGGUUAGAAGUCUGAAUCUUCAUUCACAACAGGAACAGGAGGAGAUCAAUAAGGGGAUUUCAAAAUCGACAUUUUAUUUAUUAUCUCAUGAAGUUACAAAGUUUACACCGCAGCAUUGCUUCCGUCGGAAUUAGUCAGUUGUCGUCGGAGGGGUCUUGAUUGAUGAAAAGCAGGAGACUGGCUACGACGACUGGAAGUGAGAUCAUAAGCAAAGCUUGAGUGAGGUUGGGCCUUGUAAUCUCCGGGAACACCACGCUUCCGUAUUUGAUUGCAGCAGCUCCGGCGAAAGUACCUACUCCAAGUUUGAACAGAUACCCCAAAUCAUCGCCGCCGUCCACCUCCUUCCUUUCCAUCUUCGACGAACCAGAAGCAGAAUCGUUGGUGGCUUCAGGCUCACCACCACCACGGCGGCAGAGCAUUCGUAAUCGACGGGGUGACGUCCCUGAUCGCCGCAGUGGAAAACCAACCUUGAUUUCCUGGCAGCGGCGGCCGCUGGUUCUCGCUCCCACCACUACUUCGGAUAACGCAAGGCAAGCUGGAGUUGCGAGUGUCGUCAUUUUUCGGAAUUAACCAGCAGCUGCCUCCGUCUGCUAUUCCAACUUCCACGAGCGAUAACUAUCGCAGAUAUUUUCCCCGCUCUGUUUCUCCUUUU